GUCACACAUUUUAGGUUUGAGUUGUUGUCUACUGUCUAUGGUUGUUGUGCAUCCAGCUGAUCUGCCUGUAUAUCGUUUAUAACUUCGGAUAUGAGUAUUGACAGACGCGUGGAUUUGAGCAAUGGCCUCGAGGAUGUUCCUGUUCUAAUUGAGUGGAGUAUAGCCGUAAGGAAGUUUCCUGAAUUUCAGUAUUCCCCAGAUAAUAUUCAGGGACCAGGAUGCACUAUUGACCCCAGGGAAGUCACCUUUCCUGGAUGCUCCUGCCUUUCCCGCUCCUGCUUCCCUGAGAACUGCUCCUGCCUGCAGACACAUGGGCAGGCGUACGACACCACCGGCACGCGGCUGAACCUUAGCAGAACGAACUCUGGUUACUGCUCACCUCUGUUUGAGUGUAAUGCCCUUUGCACCUGCAGUGAUGCCUGCUCUAACCGGGUGGUGCAGAGAGGGCUAAGACUCAGGUUGGAGGUUUACAGCACCGAGAAGAGGGGCUGGGGAGUGAGGACGCUAGAGGCAAUUCCACAUGGGACGUUUGUGUGCGAGUAUGCAGGAGAGGUGAUCAGUUUUGAGGAGGCCAGACGCAGACAGCUUGCCCAGAGAGCUGAGGAAAAUAACUACAUCAUCGGCGUAAGGGAGCAUGCAGGUACAGGCUCCGUCACUGAGACAUUUGUGGACCCUGCCAUGGUGGGAAACGUAGGCCGCUUUCUCAACCACGCCUGCCAGCCCAAUCUGUUCAUGCAGCCAGUCCGUGUGCACUCUGUGGUUCCUAGGCUGGCGCUGUUUGCUGGACGGAACAUCGAUGCACAAGAGGAGCUGACGUUUGACUACUCAGGAGGAUACAGUAACCAACCUCCUGUAGAGCUGCUGUCCACACAAAGUGACGCUGUCGCACAGGCCAGUAGGGCAGAUGGACUCCAGAGGAAAGAGUGCCACUGUGGUGCCAACCACUGUGUUCAGUUCCUUCCAUUGGAUUUAUCUAUUAUCAACUGAAAUUGUUUAAAUUAAUGUUUCUAUCACAUUUGUUUUCGUCUGAAUGUCAAGAGAUGGAUUUGUUUUUUUCCAAAUGAUGGAGAAAAGAUUUUUGUCCUUUUUCUCCUGAUUAAAAAAAGAAAAAAA